GUUGUCAGCUGGUGAUUCAUUUGUCAUUUCCACUAGUGAUUUUUGUUUGUUUAUUUUAGCUAAAAAGCGAUUUUAUAAUGGGGAUGAAAACAAAAACUGGAAUUUGUGCUAUAACCCUAACGACUGUAGCCUCCCUAUUUGUGUUAAUUUCAUUUUGCACCUCAUAUUGGUUAGUAAACGAUGGGAAAGUGGAAGAUCCCAAAUUCAUACGACUAGGUUUAUGGGAAGUCUGUUUCCGUAAUUUUGAAGACUUCCGACACCAGUAUGACUACCGUUUCACUGGUUGCUGCAACACAGUUCUUCUACACACUUUGUAUGACAUUGGUGCUAGUUGCUGCUUUUCUCACAUGGCUAUAUUGUUUCUGCAGUAGGGACCAUGAUAAGUACUUGUUGCUGCUCCUGAGCAAUGGCGCCAAUCUUGUCAUUGGAGGAUUUUGUGGGCUCAUAGCAGUAUGCAUCUUUGGUGCAAAUGGUGACAACCGAGAUUGGAUGCCAUAUUGGCAACAUAAUGACUUGAGCUGGUCAUUUGGCUUUGCUUGUGUAGGUUCAUUGCUGCUUAUCCCAGCUGGAGUGCUCUUCCUUGUAGAAGCUAAAAGGGUUAAGUACAGGAGGCUAAGAGGUAGCAGCAGACCAACAUCUCAGUACAGCAUUGAACCUACUCAGUCUCAGGCUAAACCUAGUGCUCCCGCAUACCCUCACCAUACAGAUAUAUAGAAUGCCUCGCAUUAAUUUAGAUUUCUUAAGCAGAACCUGCUUUUUUCAAAGUAGCAUGAUUUUAUUCAGAAUAGUUGUCAUUAUUAGGUCUGUAAGAUACGUGAAAGGAAGUUUCUUCGAUGGCAUGUUCUAAAAAUGUUUCCGUUUUUGACGUCUUCUGGGAAAGAAUUAGUACCUUUUUUAACCACUGUGUACAUGCGCAAGUUACUAACAGGUCAUUCAUUCAAUUCAAGUAAAUAUUACGAUUUCGUCGUAACGCGUUUGUCAACGAUAAAAAUACGUAUCAUGCCGACCUUAAAUGUCUUGCAAAAAUAUAUGCACCAAUGUCGAAAAAAACUGCAUUUUCAGAUUAUACAAGAUGCCAAAUUUGACAACAAAUGUUAUUUAUAGCUUGCUACUUUGAAGAUUGAUCUGAAUUUUUUCUAGUAAGUAUUUCAAACACCGAAGUAUUAUCAUUUCAUAUUGGAUAUUGCAUUUAAAAAUAUGUUAUUAUACUUGAAUUAUAUAUGCGGAACAUGUGGACCUAGAUUGAAAGAACUGCUAUAGAAGAUUGAGGUAUGAUUUUAUGGUGCAUUAAACUUCAUUCUGCCUUGUACGUACAAAAUGAAAACAAUGGAGUCAGAUUUGUAUGUUCCAAAAUGUUGGUAUAUGGAUAUUGUUUUUACUCAAUUUACGAAAUGCUUUUUACUUAUUUUGAUAGUAACUGGUCCAAGUAGUUGAAAAGCUAUAAUUUAUGUAUAAAAUAUUUUUACAGAAUCUCAUAAAUUUUAUUGCAUAUAUCUUGUAUUUGUAAUUUAUUAUUUAAGCUUUAAAUUUUUUGUGGGAUCUGAUUUUAUAUCCUUGUAUUAUUGAAUGGUCGUUUGUCUUGACAUGCACAUAGAUUUAGUAGAGAAAAUGUAUUCACUAUAUCCGUCCACGUUGUUUUUAGAAUCUCCUUAAUUCAUAUGUACAAUGUCAACAAGAUAUGACAUUAUUUGCAGUAAAUAUGGUGCCCAUGAGAAAUUCUGGUCAGACGCCUAUUUAAUGUUGCAAGUAAUUAUGAUAUUUCAUGUGUAUUAUUAAAAACGAUGCAGAGUGAUCCAAACCAAAAGGUCAUGCAAAUAUCUCAAACAGGAAGCUGUAUGGAGCUAAUUAAAGUUAGGAAGAAAAAAUUAUCCUUAACAGCAACGAAGCUUAAGGUGGCACGUCAAUUUUUUUAGAUUUUUUUCAACUACCUGUUUGCAGCACUAUUCUAAAUCCUUAUUUAUUUGAUCAUUUCAUGGUGUGUAUAGAGAUGAGUAACAAACCAAUGUUACUUUUAAAAAAAUGCAUUUUUGUGCAUUUUUCUUCAGACGGAGCUUGUUAAAAAUUAUAAGUACAGUUAUGAAAUUAUGUGUGAAUAUUUCUCUUUUAUGGAAGAAGGAAACAAGUGAUUACUUUUGUCCUUAUCACUUUUCCUUUCCGAAAAUUCUAUGAUUUUCUUCAAGCCUCGACUCGUAGCAAGUUGGGUUUUCAAGAAAAAGUGAUAAGAAUAAAAGUAAUCACUUGUUUCAUUCAUCCAUAAAAGUGGAAUAUUCACAUACAGUUUCAGAGCUGUACUAAUAUUUGUUAACAAGUUACAAUCGAUGUAAAAAUGCAUUUUAUGACAAAAUUAAAUUACAAACGAUGUUUUUUAGUGAUCUCUAUACACAUAAUGAAGUAAUCAGAUGAAAAGGUUUUACAGUACUGUUGCAAACAGAUAGUUGAAAAAGCAGCGAAAAAAGGGACGUGCGACCUAAGGUCUUUUUUUUCUAAAGUGCAUGAUUGGCAAUAAGACUGUGAAAGUUCCUGCGCAUUCACGUGACAAAAGUAAUCAAAAAAACAGGAGUUGAACAUUUUUAACUCGAUAAUAAUUGAGCUGUAGACAUGUCAAAAAUAUUACUGUCACCUUACCUCUUAAAAUCCGCCAACAUAACUACAGACAGGAAUUGCAUGAGGGGGUCAAAUACAAAAUAUGUAUCAUAGAUCAAAAGUGAACAAUAGUCACACUAAUCAAACCAAAUGUUUAUUCCUUAUUACAAUCAGAACUGUAGCGGAUCAAGAUAGACUGCAAAUAUAUUAAAGUCCAUUUAUGCAGUGUUUUUCAAAAAAUACCCCUUACUUAUUUUUUGAAUGGGUCAAGUAAGCAAACCUAAAAUUCGGGAUAAUGAAAUUAAUGUAUGAAUAAUAAUAAAAAUAUAACAUAUUAGCGUCAAAGUAGCAGUUGAAAAUCUUGAGGAUGUGGCUGGGAGCCAUUUUUUUAAUGGAAUGGAAGUAGUAUAUUACUAAUUUUAAAGCUCCUUGCGGGUACUUUAUAACUCUAGAAUAUAAAAAUACUAUCUUUCAGAGUGGCUAUCUGACGGGCUGUCAAAUCUGAGCGUUUUUGUAUAUUGAGUGUCUUAUCACUUAACAACUAAUCAUCAAAAUGCCACCAAUCUUUUCCUUUUGGAAUUGUCUAUCUGAUUAAGUGAUAAAAUAUGGAACAUACCACUUUAAAAUCAACAAAAUCUAUAAUGUUUUUGAAGAAGAAAAAUAUUGUUAUGACAUAUACUAUUACGUUGAACAAUUAUUGUCGGGUAUGGUGCAAAAACGUUCAAUUUUAGCAGCCAGCGAGUCCGCCAUUUUGAAAGAUAGUUAUUUAAUAUUCCAGGAUGAAGUGUUCAUAAGGAGCUUUAAAAUAAGGCAUCACAUGAAACUCGUUCCAUUUAAAAAAGUGUUACAAAAUGACAGCUGCCAUCUUGUGAGUUUCAAUACUUAUUUUCAUGUUGAAAUAUAGUAUUCAUGCGAAAAUUUCGUCACCCCGAAUUUUAGCUUGCUAACUUGGCCGGUUCAAAUAAUAAGUAGGGAUAGAGGAAUUUUCUGUAAAGCACUGUAUAUUUUCAACUUUAAAUACUAUCAAAUACUGUAUUUUUAUAUUCGCAUUAUAAUAAGUUAUACAUUUAGCCGAGCUGCAUAAAGUGGCAUAUCUUGAAUUUGAUGAUGAGAUCAAAUCGAACAUUGUUAAAACUAAUACUUUAAUGUGUGUAUUGCAUUUAAAAUCCGUACAUACUUUUAGGUUAAAAUAUAGUACUUUGUUACGAUAUAUACAUAUAUUUUGUACAAAUAAAUUGUGUUUUCCAGAAA